AUGGAGGUGGCAGUUCCGGCUAUCUCAACGGUCCAGCUUUCCGAAGCCUCUCCCAUGAAGGACUCGACUGCUGAAACCAUUGCGCACACGUUCCUGUCCACCUGGAUUUCGCGCUUCGGCGUCCCAGAGGAAGUCGUCACAGACAGGGGACCACGGUUUGAGAGCCACCUCUUCUUAGCUUUCCUGCCCCUCCUCGGGACCGAGCGCAUUCGCACUUCCGCCUACCACCCGGCGUGCAACGGCCUGGUGGAGCGUUUCCAUCGUCACCUCAAGCACGCCAUUAUGGUACACGGUGACCGUGUGAGCUGGUCGGAUCACUUCCCGUCCAUCCUAUUGGGCAUCCGCGCGGCAGCUAAAGUAGAUCUUGGCUGUUCGUCAGCGGAGCUGGUAUAUGGAACCCCACUCCGCCUGCCCGCCGACAUCUUUGUACCUUCAUCCGUCCCCUGCACGGACCAGCCUGCUUACCUCGCCCGCCUCAGACAAGCUUUUGCUACGCUUCAGUUUACUCCGACCCGAGCGGUAGCAUCAUCACCUCCCUUCGUCCCGUUGGAAUUGUGCACAACGUCCCACGUUUUCCUCCGGACGGAUCGCCUUCGUCGCCCACUCGAGCCUCCGUAUUCCGGGCCUUACAAGGUUCUGCGCCGUUCCCCCAAGACUUUUGUCAUCGAUGUCCACGGCCAGCCUCAAUCUGUCUCCAUCGACAGGUUAAAGCCUGCCUUCAUUGACAACGCUCCUCCCGUUUCCUCCCUCUCCGGACAAGCAUUUCCAGCACCUCCUACGCCAGUACAUGUGAAACACGUCACCUGGAAUGACUACGUACCCCUAGCGCCCCCUCAUCUGAAGCAACGCUAA